AGAAUCAUCUGUUGAGAGGCGUGUUAUGAUUGGAUGUUGCCUGUAAACGUAAUCACAGGCGUCGUCGCGGUUUUAUGACAUCUGUGUUUUGGUUUGAAGAUGGCUGAUCGUGAAGCGCUAAAAAGAGAAAUAGAGGAAUUGCAAAACCUCAUUAAUGACUAUAAAAGUACUCAUGGUGAUGUUCCCUCAAGUUCUACGCAGUGGGGUCGUGCCAGACAUGGCUCAAGGAGGGGCCGGGGCCAGAGUCGGGGUCAUGCCUCAUACUACACACAAUCAUAUUCAUCACUGCCAGAACCGUAUGCGCCUCAUUCUUCUGGCAGCUGGAGGAAAACGUACUCACUUAACAACAAGAGCAACAGGACAGUUGGGUGCCAUGUGUCUCAUCCAGCUGUGGACCACCUGAACCAGCCUCACCAUCACAUCACUACAUCUGGUGAUGCUGCUACUGGGAAUAGUGCUGGACCUUUUGGAAACAACAGUGUUUUAUUUAAAAAGUUGAAAGCUGAACAAAUCACAGAUAAAUCUACAACAUCUUCACUUAAUGUCCAAAGUGAGACUUCAAAGGAGAGCAAAAGUGAAGCAAGUGAAAAAAGGACUGUGCUUAUACCUUCAACAGGAAAAAACGAUCAUGGCUGCUCAUCUACCAGUACACUAACUGACUCUGCUUCAACAUCUGACCCUGAAAUGAAGAUAAAACACACUUUGAAAUCAUCCUCAGCUGUGAACAAUCCUUCUAUCCCUUCAUCUGUCAAACCUUCAGCUCCUGUUCAAGUCAAACCACACCUUUCCACUGCUGCCUUAUCCAAUAGCACUGUUGUAAUGCCAACAGCCAAUAGAGAUUGUACUAUGGCUUCUUCUGCCACCUCUAACCUUCAGUCUCAGGCUUCCUUAAGUCCCACAAAGCUUCAGCUUAAGCUAGACUCAACGCAGACAUGUGUAGCCUCGCCAUGUCAUAAGAAAUCUCGGUUUACUUGGGUGAAAAACCAAGAGAUGGUAAACAUAAAAAGCACACCUAAGCCAGUGACCUCUGGAUCCUCUCCUGGGACAGCUACUGUCAAACGAGUCUCCAGCUCCAAUAAGAAGGUGUCUCGCAAGCCUAAUCUUUCCCUCGGAGCUCCUAAGACCUCAAAGUACACCUGGGUGUCUUCCUCUUGCUCCUCGUCAACAGCUGGGAAAACAAACGCUUUAACGAAAACGCCACGCAAGCCCCUUUCACCCAAAUCUCUUAAAGUCCCUGUAAGAACAUCUCAAGGUGGACUGGAGGUACCAAUGAAAGAAAAGAGAUGUGCCACAACCUUAACAACUUUAUCAAAAAAGUCUAAAGCUACAGGUGCCUCCACAUCCCAUGCUGACCAUGCCAGCCGCUAUCGCUGGAAAGCGGCUGGACAAAGCGCAACAGCAAAUGCAUCUAGCUCAAUUUCUAGGACUACCCAUAAGGGCACGGUCUAUCAAUGGACAGCUAACAAGAAUGGUCAAAAGGGGGAAAAGGUAUUUGCUCUGUCCUCAAACCCCACCUACAUGAACCCUACUACCACCCCACUGUCAGCUGGUGCUUUCAAGCUCAGGAGUCGAACUAAGAUCAUCAGAAGAUCUGCUAGCGGUCCCUCCUUAGAGAGAAGAUACAGCCCCAUUGUGCAGACUUUAAGUAGCCGGUAUUCUUUGCGGAGACGGACACACACUCCGGUGAAGAGUCCAACCAAUACCAGGCGAGCACAGCCCAAAGUGCUGGUUUCAUUUGGCAGACACAAGCUCCGCCGUCUCUCUCUCACCUCCACCUCACUCGGGACCUCAAGAUCAGGACCCUUAUCUUUGUCAUUGCGAAGCCCGGAAUCGCAUAGGGUAUUCAAAACACGCUACAAGAUUGACACACGCAGAGCCCAUACAGUCCACCACAACCCUGCUCUUUCCUACAGGGUCAAGAGAGUGCAUUCUGCCAGAAUCCUCCUGCAGAAUCGACUAAGGACAACUUCAGAAAGGGACUGGAGGGGGCGAAGCAUGAGAUGGAUAGGCGGAGCACUAUACAGAGUCUCAGCCAAUAAGCUCUCUCGCACUCAAACCACCUGCACACCUAACAGUAGACCAGGAGAAUGGUACAAUCCAUAUGUUUCCUCGACUGGUAAUCAGGGAAGAACAUCAGCCACACGUUACGUAGCCAAUCGUGCUGUGCAGAAGAGUUUAGCUAUAAUACGACAGGCCAGACAGAAGAAACAGAAGGCCAAGCAGUACUGCAUGUACUAUAACCGAUUUGGCAAGUGCAACCAUGGUGACUCUUGCCCCUACAUCCAUGACCCUGACAAAGUGGCCGUCUGCACCAGGUUUCUCCGAGGCACAUGUAAGCAGACAGAUGGGACUUGUCCUUUCUCACAUAAAGUAGCCAAAGAGAAGAUGCCUGUGUGCUCGUACUUUCUGAAGGGGAUCUGUAAUAACAGUAGCUGUCCCUACAGCCAUGUUUAUGUGUCUCGCAAAGCUGAUGUGUGCAAAGACUUUGUCCGAGGCUACUGCCCUCAGGGAGAUAAGUGUAAGAAGAAACACACGCUGGUGUGUCCAGACUUCUCCAGUACCGGCGUGUGUCCACGUGGAUCCAAAUGCAAGCUGCACCACAGACAGAGCUCGAAACGCUCCGGCUCUAACGCAAGCUUUGGACCGACCAAGAAAGCCCGUACUAGAGACAUUUUAAAAAGUUCAGAGGAAGUUCAGGCACAAUCUACAGAGUCCAUACAGGCAGAUGAGGGCUCGUCCUGCUCGGGUCCUGAGAAGCUGCCUUCCUUCAUCUCCUUGUCCAGCUCUCCUGACAUGUCAGAGAACCCUGAUACCCCAAAGGUGCCCCCUGCAGCAGGCCCACAGGCCAAAGGAAAGCCACUACAUAUCAAGCCGCGAUUCUUAUAUACAACACAGACAGAAAGCUUGCCAAAGGAGGGCUGAUGGAGGAGUUUUAAUUGGUAAUAAACUUUGAAACAUUUUAACUUGAUUUUUACUUUAAUAAUAUACAGUAUAAAUUCUCCUAAACUGUUACAAAAUGGUUUACAAAGACAUCUUCUUUACUUGAGACGUUCACAGCUACUUUUUGGUGUGAAUUCACAUGUUUGGUUUGAGGAAUUUCGAAAUGCAAUUGAUUAAACAUUUCUCGGAAUAUGUUCAUAAACUGUCACUACUACAGAACUGAAUUUAUGCAUUAUAAUCAAAUACUAUUCUGAAAAAAUGCAGACGUUCACAGUGAGUUAGUUUCAAAAUGUAUAUGUAUAUGUAAUUCUCAGGGAUUUUUAAAAUGGCAUUUCUAUAGUGGUUUGUUAUGCAAAGAAAUUGUAUUAUUUCAAAUGCGAGCUUGUGAAAAUGUCUUUUC